UUUUAAUUAACAAAAAAAAACCCUGGCUGAAUCUGAAGCACCACCAGAGACACUGUCACAUAGAGGCAGAGCUGGGAGAUCACCUCGGUACCGCCACUGCAUGCUCGCGGCGCCUCCCUCCGCCUUUCCUCCGUCUCAGUGAGUGGUUGUUACUGCUCGUUCCUCGUGGUCCGUGCCUCCGUGGUUGUUGCUGCCUGCACGCUGCCGUGCGUCGUCCACCUCCCGGAAUCGAUUCUGCCUCUGCAACAACAGGUAUCGGAUGAAGAUUUGGAUGUCAUCUUCAUCAUCUACCCAUCACAUUUAUAUGUGUAAUAUGUUUAUUCUACUUUGCAUUCUCCAGAUCAUCAUAAAGGGCCCAGCCCUCUGCUUUGGGAAUAUGGAUGAGGAUAAAAUUCUGAGAGUUGGAGAAGAGCUUGAGAGAGAAACGUUGCUAUUACAAGGUGGCUCUCGCUUUUAUAAAUUAGAGAAUCUGAGACCACACACUUGGUAUGAAGUGAAGAUAUCAUAUCCAGCUUCUGUACCAGCUAUUUUCUCCAUACAACUACUUAAAUCGAAAUUGUUGGUGAACAGUAACAGGAGAUUACUCAACACUGAGAAGCUCAUUUUCAAAUCCUAUGGUGAUGAGGAUAAACACAACAUAUUAUUUGUAACUGUGGAGCCAGAGGGGUUUCCAGCAAUACCACAUGUACAAGAGAGGCAGUUUAUUAUCUUCAACAUUGUCUGUGACGAACUAUUAUUAGGCAUACCCCACAAAGCUUGGUGGGUAGUGGCGCUGGCAUUACUCUGUCUAUGCAUUGCAUUCGUCAUCCCUUCUUUUCUUCCACCGUAUUUGUUACCAAAGAACCAAGUGUCAAGGUCUACUCAACAUGUGUCUCAAAAACUUUUUGACAAGUGAUUCUGAUUAUAACAUUAUUUGAGGCACACCUACAUAUUCAUGUUAGACUGAAGACAAAUUUGGAAUCCACCAGGUUCUUUAUAUACCCCCAUCAUAUUUUUAGAUGUAUUCUGCAUGCAAGAACAGAGGUUCCAUUUUUACUUUUGAUGAUGAUGCUCCUAACAUUAUUUACUACUAUUUUAGAAAUGUGUUACUUCAGUUUUGUUUCUGAUUACCAAUAUGUUGCAUGUCUUUGAAUUCACACAUGGAUAACCUGGUAAAAAUUUUUUGGAGGGGUGACAUAUUUUUUAUAAAAUAAAAAAAUCAUGUGGUUAUAUUUUAGCUUUUUGAAAAAUUUUAAGAAUGCUUUUAUAAAGGUAGUAUUGCCUUUUUGAAAAAUUAAAAUGCUUUUGAAAAAAAUAAGUUUUAAGAUACUAUCUUGUAGUUUUCUAAAAUUAAAAUAUAAUAUUAAUAAAAAUACAUAUUUAUUCUUACCUCGUUAUUAUUUUAUUAUAUUUUUUCUAUUAAUGUCACUUUAAUUAUUAAAAUCAAUUUCACAAACAUAAUUUUUAACACACAUCUGAUGUAUAUCUUUGCUUCCCCUACAGCUAGUUAAUAGAGCAACAAAAAUGGUGAAAAAGGAACAGUUCUAAGAAAUAAUCAAACACAUAUCUUAAGACGAGGAAAUAUUCUUACAAGAGUUCUGAUUUAUUAACAUGAUGACUACACAAAUAAAGUAAGAGAUUCAUCCUCAGAAACCAACAAAGAUACAAUAAAAAGUGAAAAGACAAAUACAGAAUAUAACACUGGACAGUGGACACAAGAUACAAACAUGAUAACGUGACAUGAAACUCCAACAUGCAAAUCUCAAAAAGGGUGCCUAUGACUUCGAGUACCACCUCCAACCUCACUCACCCACACAUACACACAAAGCUUCCAUUUUUCUUCAUCACAAUGAUGAUCAAUACCCUUGUGUGCCCUCCUGAGCCCUACCAGCACCAGCAUAAUCCUUGGCCCUGUCCUUAACAUCCCUAGCCUUAUCAGCAAUCACCCCUUUAGCAUAAUCAAGCCUAUCAGAGCCAGCAGGGUGUUUCCCAGUGACAUAGCUGUACAACCAUGACAAUGCAGCAAUGGCAGCAACACCACAGCCACCAGAGAACAAAAAUCCACCAGCAGCCAGUGCAAGGGUUAUGGCAGCAGGGACAAGGAUAGGACUGAAGAUAACAAGAAGUGGUGUUGCAAUGAUCAAACCUAUGACAGUUCCAGUGAGGAUCAACCCAGACAGGAUCAAGAAUGAGACACCAAUGGUUGAUGCUGUCAUGAACUUGAUGGCUUGGCGUAUAGGUUGGUUAGUACUGGGGUCAUAGGAGGUUCCAUAAGAUGAACCAUAGGUGCCUCCUCCACCAUAGGAUGAUCCAUAGGACCCUCCUCCUCCAUAGCCUGUCCUUGUUUGAUCAGACAUAAUGGUAAAUGGGUUUUGGUGGCUGGUGACUUUUGAGAAUUUUUAGACAAGAAGUGAUGGGGGUUUGAGGAAGAGUGAGAGAGAAGUGAAGGGAAUGUAUAUAGCAAUGAAGGGAGGUUAAGCUGGCAAAAGGGGAGGGUGCAUUGCUGUGUCGUGGCGGCUUUGCAUGAAACUGAGGUGGAGGUGAUGCAACACCUGUCCCUUUAACUGACUGGUGUCUUCUAACACUGAUCACCAUACAUUGUUACAGGACCCUUUCUCUGCUGGGGACCAUGGCAUGCUUUCAAUAAUGGUAAUUUUGAUAUUUUUGAA